AUGCUGUUGCCACAGGCUUUCUCUCUCCUGACCACCCUCACCCUCUCUACCACAUUUACUGGUGAGUAUUUCUGUCUUAUUGUUGCAUUUUGGUUGGUGUAUCUAUUAGUUGUACAGUUGUAAAAUGAUUCAUUGUAAAAAAAAAAGUGUAAGCUACAGUAGUAUUUCAGGGUGAUUAGUCCAUUCAGUGGUUUAGUUGUCUGAAUCAACAUACUGUAACAGUUGAAAACCAGUUAUUGAUUGACCAGUCAAUGUAGAUAUGAAUAGUACAGUGGGGGAAAAAGUAUUUAGUCAGCCACCAAUUGUGCAAGUUCUCCCACGUAAAAAGAUGAGAGGCCUGUAAUUUUCAUCAUAGGUACACGUCAACUAUGACAGACAAAUUGAGAUUUUUUUUCUCCAGAAAAUCACAUUGUAGGAUUUUUAAUGAAUUUAUUUGCAAAUUAUGGUGGAAAAUAAGUAUUUGAUCACCUACAAACAAGCAAGAUUUCUGGCUCUCAUAGACCUGUAACUUCUUCUUUAAGAGGCUCCUCUGUCCUCCACUCGUUACCUGUAUUAAUGGCACCUGUUUGAACUUGUUAUCAGUAUAAAAGACACCUGUCCACAACCUCAAACAGUCACACUCCAAACUCCACUAUGGCCAAGACCAAAGAGCUGUCAAAGGACACCAGAAACAAAAUUGUAGACCUGCACCAGGCUGGGAAGACUGAAUCUGCAAUAGGUAAGCAGCUUGGUUUGAAGAAAUCAACUGUGGGAGCAAUUAUUAGGAAAUGGAAGACAUACAAGACCACUGAUAAUCUCCCUCGAUCUGGGGCUCCACGCAAGAUCUCACCCUGUGGGGUCAAAAUGAUCACAAGAACGGUGAGCAAAAAUCCCAGAACCACACGGGGGGACCUAGUGAAUGACCUGCAGAGAGCUGGGACCAAAGUAACAAAGCCUACCAUCAGUAACACACUACGCCGCCAGGGACUCAAAUCCUGCAGUGCCAGACGUGUCCCCCUGCUUAAGCCAGUACAUGUCCAGGCCCGUCUGAAGUUUGCUAGAGUGCAUUUGGAUGAUCCAGAAGAGGAUUGGGGGAAUGUCAUAUGGUCAGAUGAAACCAAAAUAUAACUUUUUGGUAAAAAACUGUGAAGCAUGGGGGUGGAAACAUCAUGCUUUGGGGCUGUUUUUCUGCAAAGGGACCAGGAUGACUGAUCCGUGUAAAGGAAAGAAUGAAUGGGGCCAUGUAUCGUGAGAUUUUGAGUGAAAACCUCCUUCCAUCAGCAAGGGCAUUGAAGAUUAAACGUGGCUGGGUCUUUCAGCAUGACAAUGAUCCCAAACACACCGCCCGGGCAACGAAGGAGUGGCUUCGUAAGAAGCAUUUCAAGGUCCUGGAGUGGCCUAGCCAGUCUCCAGAUCUCAACCCCAUAGAAAAUCUUUGGAGGGAGUUGAAAGUCCGUGUUGCCCAGCGACAGCCCCAAAACAUCACUGCUCUAGAGGAGAUCUGCAUGGAGGAAUGGGCCAAAAUACCAGCAACAGUGUGUGAAAACCUUGUGAAGACUUACAGAAAACGUUUGACCUGUGUCAUUGCCAACAAAGGGUAUAUAACAAAGUAUUGAGAAACUUUUGUUAUUGACCAAAUACUUAUUUUCCACCAUAAUUUGCAAAUAAAUUCAUAAAAAAUCCUACAAUGUGAUUUUCUGGAGAAAAGAAAUCUCAUUUUGUCUGUCAUAGUUGACAUGUACCUAUGAUGAAAAUUAAAGGCCUCUCUCAUCUUUUUAAGUGGGAGAACUUGCACAAUUGGUGGCUGGCUAAAUACUUUUUUUCCCCACUGUAUAUGGUAACAGCUAUUUGGUUUUGCUUUGGUGCAGUAGUGGUCAGUGCCAUUUAAGAUUAGGGAGGACAAUUUUUAACCUCUACACACAGCCUACAUCGUUGUCACCAUAUUAGCUAACGUCUAAGUCAACAUAGCUUAAAGAACUAACGCGUUAGUAAACCCGCUACAAUCAUGCAGUACAGUGUACAGCAAGCAGUUUAGCAGAUACACCGGCGGCCCUGUGGCAAUAAAUUAAUAACACCAAACUAGUUAGCUGCAUUCGCUAGCUAAGUAAGUGAAAGUGAAAAAAAAAAAAAAAAUGUAGUCAGCUCUCGCUCUUGCUUCUCCUUAAUUUCUGAAGAAAUGAAUUUGUUCAAAACUGUUCAACUAUUGUUUUUCUCUCUCUUUGAGUCAACUACUCAUCACAUUUUAUGCACUGCAGUGCUAGCUAGCUGUAGCUUAUGCUUUCAGUACUAGAUUCAUUCUCUGAUCCUUUGUUUGGGUGGACAACAUGUCAGUUCAUGCUGCAAGAGCUCUGAUUGGUUAGAGGAUGUCCUCUGGAAGUCAUCAUAAUUACUGUGUUAGUCUAUUGAAGGGGGUGAGAACCAUGAGCCUCCUAUGUUUUGUAUUGAAGUCAAUGUACCCAGAGGAGUAUGGAAACUAGCUGUCCUCCGUCUACACCAUGGUGCUAUCCCAGAGACUGCUGUUGAGGCUGUAGACUACUGUAGACCUUCAUUGCAAAACAGUGUGUUUUAAUCAAUUAUUUAGUGAUAUGCAUAUAGUUAAUAUUAUUGUAUCUAAAAAAGGAUAGCUUUUUUAAUGUUUCACUAUUUUUAUUUUUAUGACAUUUCCUGAGGUUUUCCCCUUCCUCCUAUGAGGAGCCUCCACUGCUUUGGUUGCAUUAAUCUGGAGCAUCAACUUUCAACCACUUCCUAUAGCUAUUUUCAGUAUUGGAAGUACGUAAAUAGUAUGGCCUAAUAUGGCAUGAUCUUAAUAUGGGAUGAACUUGAGUUGUUAUUACCAUUAUUUGUAUUUUUGUUCAUUUCCUUUAAUCUCACGUAGUAUCAUGAGUGUACAGUAUCCUGAACAUGAGUGAGCACAUAACCUGUGUCCUAUUUUAACUUUGGAUUUUUUUUAAAAUUCCUGUUUGGUUCCGCAGGUGCUGUGGAGAUUGUUAGAGCAGCCAAAGGCAGUCCUUCCCACCUCCCUUGUCCCUCACCAUUUGGAUUUGACGGCAAAGUUGUUUUUAAAUGGACCAAAUUUGGAAGUCCUGGCAUUAUUUGCGAAUAUAAUGUGAAUAAAGAAAUCAGUUCAGUCAUAUCCUGUAAGUCUCAAUUCAAGGUAAUCGAACAACCUCCUAAACUGUAUGUUACAGAGCCAAAGAGCACUGACUCAGGUCAAUAUACCUGCUCAAUAUCAAGAGUCAUACCACCACCAACCAUUGAGAAUUCCUCCGUAGUCAAUCUUCAAGUUACAGGUAAUUUAUCUUGUAGAAGAUAUCACUUUAUAAACACGUGUUUACUGGUCUUUGUGUCUCUAAAUCAAGGCAUACAAUAGGAUAUUAGAAUGGCAUUUACAGUCUUUUCACUGUUGUUAGAGUUCCAGUGCUAUUCUCUUCUGCAGUGCCUCCAGGUCUAGUCCUAGAGAGGCAGAACAGCAAUGAUCCUGGCUGCAUCCAGCUUCUCUGUACUUUGGAGGGCCUUGACCCACAGGACAUCAACUUCACCUGGACCCAACAAGGUCAGGGUUCACCGGAGACACUGUUGACCAAUCACAGCCUCUCUAAACUGAGCAGCAUUCUGACCCAGUGCCAAUCAGUGUUGAGAGAGGGCGACACAAUCACCUGCAACGUCAGACUCUUAGCCAAUAACACUGACCUGAGCAUGAGCAUCAGACUUCCCUACAGUGAACCAGGUGGGUGACAUUCAGACAUAAUCAAUGUACUGUUAAGUAGUGACAAGGUUGACAAGAUGUCCCAUUGCUUUUUGUGUGCAGUGCAGUACCCCAAUGACUAUUCUGUGCAGUGCAGUCUACUUUUAAUACUAAUUAACUUCUGCUAAAGACUCAGAGAGGAUCGCUUAGUAUCUGCUUUUGUUAUUUCUCUCCCUCCAAUUCAUUGGUUGACUGUCAAGUGUAACCUGAGAAGAUUCUUGAGACACAAGGUCAUAGAAAAGCUGUGAUAAACAGAUACUGAACAGUGGGGUUGGCUGCAUCAGGUUGCUAUUUUGCCCCAAGCUUCACAACCACAUAUGGCAGGCUGGACACUUUGAUUGAUGACACUAUCUAUAUGGUAAAUCUCUGACCCUUGAUGGUCUUGUUGUUACAGAGACCUACCAUUGGAACAACCUUCUGACCAUCAUCUGUGUCAGCACAUCCAUCGGGGUUGUGGCCAUCGCAGCUGUCACCAUAAGUAUUUACAAAUGUAAGUCUUAUAGUCUAUAGUGAUUUUUUUGGUCAGUGCUUUCUUAAGCUUACACAAUUUAUACAUAUGUUUCCAUUUACAAAAAAGGCCAUGUAAAUUCUGUGGUCAAUUACUUUGUUCACAGGCUUGAACAUUUGAGGUAACUCUCAAGUCACUCCAGUCUUGUUGUCACGAUCGUUGGUUAGAGAGGACCAAGGCGCAGCGUGUUGAGCGAACAUACUUUAAUAGUAAAGUGCAAACACGAAUACAAAACAAUAAACGAUACGUAACGUCCUCAGACAAUGACUGACAAGGAACAAAAACCCACAAACACAAGGUGAAAACAGACAUUAUAAAUAUGGCUCCCAAUCAGAGACAACGAGCCAAACAGCUGACACUCGUUACCUCUGAUUGGGAGUCACUCAUCCAAACAAAGAAAUACAACCACAUAGAACAACCCAACCAAACAGAACACAACGAAACGAACACACCCUGGCUCAACAUACAAAGUCCCGGAGCCAGAGCGUGACAGUACCCCCCCCUAAAGGCGCGGACUGCGACCGCGCCUCAAUAAGGGCUAAACAAGGGAGGGCUGGGUGGGCAUACCUCCUCGGCGGUGGUUCUGGCUCCGGCCCUGAUCCCCACCUCCUCUCCAACCCCCCAAAGUACCCCUGGUCCUGUCUAGCCCCACUGGUCGGAGCCGGACUGACGACACGCGCCCCUGGCUUGGUGCGUGGAACAGGAACGGGCCUCACCGGACUGACGACUCCAUUCCCUGGUUUGGUGCGAGUAGCAGGAACGAGCUGGACCAGGCUGACGACUCGCAUCCCUGGUUUGGUGCGAGUAGCAGGAACGGGCUGGACCAGGCUGACGCCUCGCACCCCUGGCUUGGUGCGAGUAGCAGGAACGGGUUGGACCAGGCUGGCGACUCGCACCCCUGGUUUGGUGCGAGUGGCAGGAACAGGCCGGGUCGGGCUGGCGACGCACACCGUAGGCUUUGUGCGUGGAGCAGGGACAGGCCGGGCUGGGCUGGCGACGCACACCGUAGGCUUUGUGCGUGGAGCAGGAACAGGCCGGGCUGGGCUGGCGACGCACACCGUAGGCUUUGUGCGUGGAGCAGGGACAGGCCGGGCUGUCGACGCACACCACUGACUUGGUGGGAAUGGCAGGAACCGGCCGGGCUGGGCUGACGACGUGCACCACUGACUUGGUGGGAAUGGCAGGAACAGGCCGGGCUGGGCUGACGACGCGCACCACUGACUUGGUGGGAAUGGCAGGAACAGGCCGGGCCGGGCUGUCGACGCACACCACAGACUUGGUGGGAAUGGCAGGAACAGGCCGGGCUGGGCUGACGACGCGCACCACUGCCUUGGUGGGAAUGGCAGGAACAGGCCGGACCGUACUGGGGACACACACCACUGGCCCCACGCAGGGAUCAGGAACGGGCCGGACCGGACUGGUAACACACCCCAGUACCUCUCGCCGUGCCUCCACACUUUCCCUCUCCUCUGUGCCCAGUGGCCCCCCUAACCUGGCGGCCUUCUCUGCCAACGCUUUGCACCGCUCUAACCCGUACACCUGCUGCCCCGACGUCGUGAGCCCCCCCCUAAAAAUUUCCUGGGGGUCUCUCCUCCCCGUGGCCCAGGCCUCUCUCCCUCUUGCCAGACUCGCAAUCAUCUCCUCCCACGUCCAUCCUCUCUCCUCGUCACGCUGCUUGAUCUGGUUAAGGUGGGUUUUUCUGUCACGAUCGUUGGUUAGAGAGGACCAAGGCGCAGCGUGUUGAGCGAACAUACUUUAAUAGUAAAGUGCAAACACGAAUACAAAACAAUAAACGAUACGUAACGUCCUCAGACAAUGACUGACAAGGAACAAAAACCCACAAACACAAGGUGAAAACAGACAUUAUAAAUAUGGCUCCCAAUCAGAGACAACGAGCCAAACAGCUGACACUCGUUACCUCUGAUUGGGAGUCACUCAUCCAAACAAAGAAAUACAACCACAUAGAACAACCCAACCAAACAGAACACAACGAAACGAACACACCCUGGCUUAACAUACAAAGUCCCGGAGCCAGAGCGUGACACUUGUAACCAGUUCACUUACAAAUUGACUUUAGCAAAUGUGGUUUGUUGUUUGGAUUCACUGGAAUCUGGAACAAAGAAAGCAGAAGUAGACCAGUACUUACAGACUAAAUCUUUGCCACAGCUUCACCUUACAUUUCAAAGGGAUAUUUACUCUCAUCGGAGCAAAAUGCAGCCCCCUUAUAGUCAAAGAGGAAAUGACUACCUUAUCACCACCCCUGCUUUUGACGCCUUUGCCUGCUAUCUUGUGUUGACAUCCUGCCUUGUAGGCCACCGAUUAAUAGACUAAACCACGAAUCACAUCAGCUUCCAUUUUAGGACUCAGUGUGUUAUUACAUGAUAUUAUAAUUUGAUGCUAUUGUUGUCUGUUUUUUACCACCACACAAUGAUAAGUCCAUUUGAAUUUUGCACAGCUUAGUUUACUGACAUUGACUAUCCUUUUGAGCAUGGUGCAGUUAUUAAUUAAUUAAGUUGUCAGAGAGGAAAGAAACCACUCAAGGAUUUCACCAUGAGGCCAAUGGUGAUUUUAAAACAGUUACAGAGAUUAAUGGCUGUGAUAGGAGAAAACUGAGGAUGGAUCAACAACAUUGUAGUUACUCCACAAUAUUAACAUAAAUUAGUGAAAAGAAGGAAGCCUGUACAGAAUACAAAUGUUCCAAAAUAUGCAUCCUGUUUGCAAUAAGGCACUAAAGUAAUACUGCAAAAAAAAUUUGGAAAGAAAUUAACUUUUUGUCCUGAAUACAAAGCGUUAUGUUUUGGGCAAAUCCAACACAACACAUCACUGAGUGGCACUCUUCAUAUUUUCAAGCAUGGUUGUGGCUGCAUUAUGUUUUGGGUAUGCUUGUCAUCGGCAAGGACUAGGGAGUCUUUUUGGAUUAAAAAAGAAAAGGAAUAGAGCUAAGCACAGGCAAAGUCCUAGAGGAAAACCUGGUUCAAUGUGCUUUCCAACAGACACUGGGAGACAAAUUCACCUUUCAGCAGGACAAUAACCUAAAACACAAGACCAAAUCUACACUGGAGUUGCUUACCAAGAAGACAGUGAAUGUUCCUGAGUGGCUGAGUUACAGUUUUGACUUCAGUCUACAUGAACAUCAGUGGAGGCUGCUCUUGGGAGGACGGCUCAUAAUAAUGGCUGGAACAGAGCAAAUGGAAUGGCACCAAAUCAUGUGUUUGAUGUAUUGAUACCAUUCCACCAAUUCCGCUCCAGCCAUUACCACAAGCCCCUCCUCCCCAAUUAAGGUGCCACCAACCUCCUGUGUUGAACAUCUAUGGCAAGACUUGAAAAUGGUUGUCUAGCAAUGAUCAACAACCAAUUUGACAGAGCUUGAAGAAUUUUGAAAAGAAAAAUGCUCUUUGUUUAUUUUUAGUCAUUUAGCAGACACUCUUAUCCAGAGCGACUUACAGGAGCAAUUAGGGUUAAGUGCCUUGCUCAAGGGCACAUCGACAGAUUUUUCACCUAGUCGGCUCAGAACCAGCGACCUUUCGGUUACUGGCACAACGCUCUUAACCACUAAGCUACCUGACGCCCUGUUUGAUAUUGGACCUUUAACCUUUAACAUGACACAAUUUUAUUUUCCAUUCACCACAUAUCAAAAUGAUGAAUCACUUCUAGACCUUAGAUUAGCGCAGUGGUCUAAGGCACUGCAUCGCAGUGCUAGCUGUUCCACUAGAGAUCCUGGUUUGAAUCCAGGCUUUGCUGUAGCCGGCCGCAACCGGGAGACCAAUGGGGCGGCGCACAAUUGGCCCAGCGUCGUUCAGGGUAGGGGAGGGAAUGGCCGGCAGGGAGGUAGCUCAGUUGGUAGAGUACUCCCGAGUGGCGAGUGGCGCAGUGGUCUAAGGCACUGCAUCGCAGUGCUAGCUGUGCCACUAGAGAUCCUGGUUCGAAUCCAGGCUCUGUCGUAGCCGGCCGUGACCGGGAGACCCAUGGGGCGGCGCACAAUUGGCCCAGCGUCGUCCAGGGUAGGGGAGGGAAUGGCCGGCAGGGGAUGUAGCUCAGUUGGUAGAGCAUGGCGUUUGCAACGCCAGGGUUGUGGGUUCGAUAAAAUAAUGUAUGCGCUUAACUGUAAGUCGCUCUGGAUAAGAGCGUCUGCUAAAUGACUAAAAUGUAAAUGUAAAUGUAGAGCAUGGCGUUUGCAACGCCAGGGUUGUGGGUUCGAUUCCCACAGGGGGGCAGUAUAAAAAAAUAAAAUAGAAUAAUGUAUGCACUAACUGUAAGUCGCUCUGGAUAAGAGCGUCUGCUAAAUAAUGUAAAUGUAAUUAGCGCAGUGAAGCUGCUGUAUGUCACACCUGCAACAUUUGUUGAUCUAAGAGUGUUUUAAUUAGCCUUUCCUGCCCCCAGGCCACCAGUUGCACAAUCCUUCUCUAGAAAAAGAAAUGGGUGGCCCUGAGCUCAGCACAGCUCAGCUCAGAUCUCAAUAUGACCUUAUACCAAAAGUUUCAGAACACCUACUCAUUAAAAGGUUUUUCUUUAUUUUUACUAUUUUCUACAUUGUAGAAUAAUAGUGAAGACAUCAAAACUAUGAAAUAACACAUAUGGAAUCAUGCAGUAACCAAAAAAGUGUUUACUUAUGGUGGUACGAAAUUGUCACCUCUGUUCAAAAACUGUAAUUUAAUUUGAUACAUCUGUGCUAUUUUGCACCACAACAUUUUUGCCUGUAAUGCCAAACACCUCAAUAAGUAUUUUGGAACUUAGUAGUAGGCAACUAUUCAGCAUAAGAGUCAACACGAAAUGUGAUUAGUUGAUUGGCCUUCUCCCCAUGCAGGUCGGCAGAGGACCAAUGAUAAAGGCGAUUCCGUCUCAUACAACAACAAGGUGUACGAGAACUUCAAUUUCAGCACACAAACCCAACAGAGACAGACAACCACUGCAUCCAUCCAGGAACAAUGCAUUUAUGAGAACUAGACCAUCUUAAUCUCACUCUGACAGCCUCAUUCCUCUUUUUAGGCAAGUUCACAGAUGUUUGUAGCCUUUAGACCAUUUUCAAAUGUGGGAGUACUGUUGUAUGAUGCUUUACUAUCCCAGAUCAAGGUAUUGGUGAACCAUUGGACCAGUGUGUCUUGAAUACUAGAGGUAUUGGUGAAUCCAUCAACCAUUGUACCAGUGUGUCUAGAAUACUAGCUGAGUUGAACACAUCAAAGCUACAGGAAUAGUUAUUUAGUUUAACCUAUUAAAUUCUGACCCCCUCUGGUGGCAUUUUCUAAAUGACCCAUAACUCUGUAUACUACCCUCAUAAUGUAAAUUUAGGUUUCAAAACUAGAAGUCCUACAAACGCUUAGUACUGUUAGAAAGGUAAGAACUGUGCGAUCCAGAUAAAGGCCACAGAAACGAUGUGACUACUACAAAGCCUGAGAUACAGCAGAAAUGUGCAGUUUUUGUUUUGUGUUUUUGAUUUUUUCAGUGGGGUGGGGGUCCACCCAAUUGUCCCCAUGUUGGGGAAUAAGAGAUUUGAAAGUUUGAGAUAAAAUAUGUCACCAAUUACUAUUCCAAAAUAAAUAUCAGAUAUUUUACCUAAUGGUGGCGCUCUAAACAUGCGCAAAUUGGAACAGAGCCAUUGUAAAGGUGCAGGGCUUGCGCAAUGUGCCAAACCUUCAUUUUUCGCCUUACAGGAAUGGUAUACAUAUGAGGAGAAAGCUGAUGUCUCUACCUAUCCAUUGAUGUAAAAAUAUCCUGUCUGAUUCCCAAUUCAUCCAACAGAUAGCAGUAGGAGAUCACAUGACGUCUCUUGGCACCUUGAAACCAGUUGCGUCUGGUUUGGCUUGUGAGUCACUGUGCCAAAAUGGCUGAACUGAUUUUCAAGCCUGACAUCUUAAAAUGACCUAAGCAA